AAACAAGACAGGCGCAACGCAGAUCUUCUUUGAUUCCGUGGCCGUGCCAAUGGCUUACACGAUGUACAGAAACGUCUUGAAUCACGCCAAGUGGGAUGUCAGCAAGCAGGCCAGAGUGUCGUUGAUCCCGUUCUUCACCGAAGGACAGUACUUCUUCAUCCAAGCUGCACAGGCCAGAUGCGAGCACAUGGACCCUGACCCGACUAUCGCAUACCUCCGAAAACGGGAUGGAGCCACUGCAGCCGAUAAGGUAAACAUACCUUUCGCUAUGAACAACCCGCUCUUCGCAAACCGGUUCGGCUGUGCCAAGGAGCGGCCGAUGUACUCCAAAGGUGCCCUCUGCAAAGGUCCGUCGAAGUCUCUGAAGAAGGAGACAGAGAAGGAGUACCCGGGAGUGUACUAUUAGCUGCGAUGACACGCCUCGCGUAAUAAAG